AUGUAUUCUGGAGGUUACCACCACCAUGGUUCUUUCUUGAAAGGAGAAAGUUCUGCAGGGACUGGGAGGUUGUUGAUUUUACAGAAGAAAGAGAAGGGGAACUCAGAAUCAUCUUAUGUGAACACAUUGUCACAAGAACCUCCACAAAAGCCUGUUGUUACUGAAACUGCUUCACAGGAAGAAGAGUCUAAGGUUUCACUGGUGGCCUGUAAACAGGAAGAUAACAGUUCUGCCAAAAGUGAUGUAUUUGAUUCAGACAGCCCACAUUACACUGAUGGGGUUCAUUCUUCACUCCUAGAGGGUGCUGAUUCAUCUUAUCCUUUCGAACCAGACCACUCUGAUUUAUUACAAGAUGGGGAAGUUAACUUGAGUAAAGGCCUGUUGCAUCCUCCAUACAUCUUUCCAAAACUCCAAGACUACUACGAUCACUCCGACCCGCCAGCAGGUUCGUGUAAUUUUGGAUUCCCUGUUGAAGAUCAUCCCUUUUGGUCUUGGGCGUACUAA